UAGUCUUUACUACUUGUAGGUUCCUGAAGGCAGAUAGCUGCAGAGGCAGAUUUUCUAUGUUUUCUCUGUUUUACCUCCCCUGGGGUCCCAGUUCUCUGAGGAGGUCAAACACCUCCUCUGCUUUGUGCUCAGUCUUUCUUUGUGAGGUGCAUGGAAUCUUAAUACUAUCUUCUAAAAUAGAUAGAAAGAUGGGUAAUUGUUGGGGUUUUAGUUGUUUUACUUGUUUUACAAGCUUAGAAAUAUUAAAAUAGAUAUUUUCCUCAUCUUAAGCUUGUCCGGGGAUUUACGGCAUUCCUGUCUCAGAAGAACAAAGCAGCUUGGAGUUGAAGGAAAUCUGUAAAUGGUGGCAUGCCACAGCAGCCUGUGGCACCUGUGUGUGUAGGGAUGAUGUAUGACUCAUAGGAAGACUAAUCCAACCAUGGAUAGUGUGAAUAGCUCAGAGGGUCCCUGGCUACAAAGAUUUGCAAAUGGGAAGCCUUUGAGAAAACCCAAACGGCAACAGCCUUGGAAGGCAGCACCUGAUCAAAGCCAAGACAUCAUUGCUUCUGUUCAGUGCCUCUUGGACAGAGAAAAUUUUGUGAGGGAGGUGGACAGAUAUUUGAGGCACUGUGAUUUCCUAGAUCUGAGAAAGACAGAGCUUCUGUACAAAAAAUACCUUGAGGAUGUUUCAGAGCCAUUUAUGCAGAAAAUGAAGGACCAAAUGCACAGCCAGUCAGAGGAAGAAGUGCAGAAAAGGAGACGAGAACAAUUCUCUCAGUAUUUGAACUACUGUGCAAAGAAGGGCUAUGUGUUUUUGGAUCAUUAUGACCCAGCUGAGUACGAUCCAUUCUUCCAGAAGACGUGCAGAGACUGCUGGAAGGAUGAAAGUCAUCAACUGGCACAAUGACAGAGAGAGCCAGUGAUGCCACCUGUCCUCCAGCUGACCACAGCAGCAAGGACAGCCAUCAAAGGUACCAGUUACAAAAUAGGUCACGUGCACUGCCGAAGCAAGUGAGAACAGGCCAGGUCUUUGGACAAACUGCAAUAAACUUACUGUCUUAAACAUGUAGUUCUGAAA